CCUCGUCUUCCAUAUUCGCAAGCGUGUCUGUUGUGAGAGACAAACGGAAAGCAUUCCUUCAAUCGAAGUCAAAGGUGUAAAAAGAUAUUGAUUCCAAUAUGAUUUUAUCCGUCUCUCAACUUUGUAAGACCGGCGUGAAUUUUCUUUUUGGGCGUGAUGGUGCCAUUAUUAUGAAGGAUGACGAAAUUUUGGGAAAAGGAUCCGUUGUAGGAGGAGUAUAUAUGAUGACAGGGACGCUGAACGUGAAUCAGGGAAGUACAGGUGAGAUUGAUAUGCUCAGGGAAACAAUGGGCUUAAUGAAUGUGACUGAUCACCACGAUGAGGACAACACCCCAUUGGCUCGGGGCUGGUAUUUGAACACUAAAACAAACUUGCACAUGUGCAACUCUAGAGAAAUGUUUGUGGACUACCACCCUGUGAGUGAUGAAGAGGUGAAUUUUGCUGAAAAUGACUCUGUUAAAGUGGUUGGUAUUGGUACAGUGAUAGUUAGAUUCACUACAGGCAAGGUUUUAACUCUUUCUAAUGUUUGUCAUGCACCCAAAAUCAACAAAUGUCUUGUAUCUGUCACUGAGCUUGAUGGUAACGGAUUCAGCAUGGUCUUUGGGGGUGGGGAAGUCAUCAUUAAGAAGAGUGAUGAGAUUAUGGGAAAAGGAUACAAACAGGGUGGAUCGUAUCGGUUGAGCAUCAUUGAAGGACCAGAACCAAAAUCGGAGGGGAAAGUGGUGCACAAAGAAAAAAUAAGCUUGUUUCCUGACAAUGACCCAUAUUUAUCUAACCUGAGGCGUCGAGGCUGGUAUUUAUCUUCUAGGUGCACAGUUCAUGUUUGUAACUCUAGGGACAUGUUUAUGGACUACCAAGCAUGGAGUGGUCAUGAGGUGAUUUUGGAUAACAAUGAGCAUGUUGAGGUGGCUGGGACAGGGACAGUGAAGCUUCAGUUCACUACGGGAAAGAUUAUGACUCUUACAAAUGUUUUUCACAUGCCAACAAUCAAGAAGUGUCUCUUAUCACUUCAUAAAUUUCCUGAAAAUGGUCUCAGCAUAUAUUCUGGGGAAGGAGGGGAAAUCAUCAUUAAGAAGGAUAGCAAGAUUAUUGGCAAAGGCUACAACGAGGAUGGAUUGUUGCGGUUGAGCGUUGUGGAUGAACACUAAGGUGAAGAUUGAGACGCAUGAUCGAGUGAUAGUUUGUCUAGGAGUGUUGGUUAGUACUAGCAUCGGUUUUGACCUGUAAACACUUUUAUGAUUGCGUAGAAACUAGUAAUAUGGAAUUUUUAAGAAAUUGUAUGGUGAAUUCAAGCUUGUUAAUUACUUUUGUUAUAAUUAUCCUUCGAAAUCUGUAAGUGUGAUGAUAAA